AUGAUCGGUGCCCUGUUCAUAUACAACCACAAAGGAGAAGUUCUGAUUCAACGCUUUUUCCGCGACGAAAUACCGAAAACUGCUGUUGACGUGUUCCGCGUUCACGUUAUACAUUCCAGACAUCAAAUCCGUUCUCCAAUCGUUAACAUUUCAAGAACUAGUUUCUUUCACGUUAAACGGGGGAACAUCUGGCUUUGUUCUGUCAGUCGGCGUAACCUUAAUGCUGCAGCUGUUUUUGAGUUGCUACAUGCCAUUUUGGGCAUCUUCCAACAGCAUUUGGGUCGGGUCACUGAAGAGAGUAUUAAAAACAAUUUUGUUCUCAUAUAUGAACUUCUUGACGAGGCGAUAGACUACGGCUAUGCUCAAAAUACUGACACUGACGUCCUCCGAAAUCUCAUUACCCAAGCUGCUAUACGGUCGGCAAACAAAGAGGAAACUACUCAAAUCACGAACCAGGUUACUGGACAGAUCAGCUGGCGUCGUGAGGGCAUUAAGUACAGGCGUAACGAACUUUUCCUUGAUAUAACUGAGUCGGUUAAUUUGCUGAUGUCACCUCAAGGUCAAAUAUUAUCGGCUCAUGUGGUUGGAAAGGUAGUGAUGAAGUGUUACCUCAGUGGGAUGCCUGAUUGCAAGUUUGGAUUCAAUGACAAGAUUAGUUUGGAUAACCGUCCCAAGAAUUCCGGCGCCAUUAGCAGCGGAGACGAUUUGUGCGUUAUGCUCAUUUACGAGGAGGUAUUAGUGACGUCGACCUCUUGUAGGGCUCCUGAGUCCGUUGGUGGCGUUGCAAUAGAUGACUGUCAGUUCCAUCAAUGCGUAAAACUUAACAAGUACAGUACCGACCAAGCGAUCUCAUUCAUUCCACCAGAUGGCGAAUUUGUUCUCAUGCGUUAUCGCAAGACACGUGUUUCAAGCUAA